AUGGCGUCCGGGCCCGAUCUGAGCUCCUCCUCCUCCGGCGCCCCGGCGGCCGCGGCCGUACCGGACGCAGCGCUGGCGGCCGCCGCCAGGAAGGACCGCCACAUCGUCAGUUGGAGCGCCGAGGAGGAUGGCGUGCUUCGUGCUCAAAUCGCGCUUCAUGGCACUGAUAACUGGACCAUUGUAGCGGCACAAUUCAAGGACAAGACUGCCAGACAGUGCAGGAGAAGAUGGUACAAUUAUUUGAACUCAGAGUGCAAGAAAGGUGGGUGGUCCAGGGAAGAGGAUAUGCUUUUGUGUGAGGCUCAAAAAGUUCUUGGAAACAAGUGGACUGAAAUUGCAAAAGUUGUCUCUGGAAGAACUGACAAUGCAGUGAAGAAUCGCUUUUCUACUCUGUGCAAAAGGAGGGCCAAGGAUGAGGAGCUAUACCAAGAAAAUGGUGUGCCAUGUUCCAACUCAAAUGCAAAGAGGGUUCUCACAGAAACAGGAGGCCUGACACCAGGCGGAGUUGCCUCCUUGCUACAUAUUAAGCAGAUGAGGUCUUCCAGUUCUGAUUUAAAGGAGAACCUUGUACCAAAUAUGAGAUUAUUUGAACAAGAAAAGAGCACACAAGAUGCCAGGCAACCUCUUGCUACCAUUUCUUCGAACAACCAAGAUAACGUGGAUACAGUUAAAUCCCAAAACUGUGUGAAGCGGGAGGGUAAUUUUCUGAACAAGGAUGAUCCAAAAGUUGCUACUUUAUUGCAGCAAGCUGACUUGCUUUGCUCCCUUGCAACAAAAAUCAAAAGUGACAAUACAAGUCAAAGCAUGGAUGAAGCUUGGCAGCAACUGCAAGAUCAUUUAGUGAAAAAAGAGCACAACGAAGUGCCAGAAAAUAGUGGGUCUGAAAUAGGUUCACUCCUAGAGGAACUUGAUGAUUUAAUUGUAGACCCCUAUGAGAGUAAAGAUGAAGAUGAACAAAAGUUAAGCGAGCACAUUGGACAAACUGAUGUGGACAAUGAUCAGUGUAACGGUUCUUCACAAACUAGCAUAGAAGUAACAUCAAAUAUGGUCCCAGAGGAAAUGAUGGAAGAUUGCCCAGUAGAUAACUGCAAAGAGGAUAGUAGCCUUUGUAGAAACGUGCUUUCUGGAAGUACGGAACCUUGCCCAGGUGCAAAGAAACCAGCAUGUGGAAAUUUGAGUGAGGACCAGGUUGCUGAAGAUAGCAUGCUUCAACGUGUAGAAUCUACAUCUGUUAUUACAGAUAUUGAUGAUUUAAUCAUAGACCCGUAUGAGAGAGAAGAGGAAGAUGAAGAAAAGUCAGGGGAGCAGAAUGGACAGAUUGAUGUUCAUGACGAGCAGUGUUUUGGUUCUUCGCAAACUAUCAUGGAAGUGAUAUCAGACAUGGCCCCUGAUGAAGUGAUGAAAACUUGUCCAGCAGAUAACUGCGAAGAACAUAAUAGCAUUUGCCAAAAUGUGCUUUCUGGAAGUAUGGAACCUUGCUCAGGUGCAGAAAUACCAGCAUCUGAAAAAUUGAGUGAGCUUGCUGAAGAUAGCAGACCUCAAUGUAUGGAGUUUGCAUCUCCUGUCCUGACAAAUUUUGAGAGUAAAGACUCUGGAGAAACACCAGCACCACAAAAUCUUAAUGAGAUUGCUGAAGAUAGCAGGGUCCGAUGUAUUGAAUUCACCUCCCCAGCUCACACAGUUCUCCAAGAUAAAGCAGGUGCAGAAAACUUUGCAUCCCCAAGUUUUGCUGUGGUUGCAAAAGAUAGUAAGCCUCCAUCUUUGGAAUUCACGUCCCCUGCUCAUACAGUUGCAACAUUCCAACCAUAUGCUGCAGACGACAUGCCUACCCCAAAAUUCACUGCUAGUGAGAGGAAUUUUCUGCUGUCUGUGAUAGAGCUGACCUCACCAGGGUCAAGGCCUGAAACUUCUCAGCAGCCAUCUUGCAAAAGAGCUCUUCUUAAUAGCCUUUGA